ACGAUGGAGGGGGGGAAGUAAAACAAAAAAUGCUAUAUCUACCUUGUGUCCAUGUCCAGAAAGUUCUUCUCAGUUUUACAACUGUAUUCCCAACUACACCAUGGUCGAACAACUACCAUCAAAGUCGGUGUCAUCCACCGAUAAAACGGCAGAAAGCGAGGUAAAACGAACAUGGUAUCACUCAACCCUCUUCAAUGCCUUCAUUAUCGGUGGGGUGGGUUUCAUGGCUCCGGGUUUAUGGAAUGCCAUGAGUUCCUUGGGAGCCGGUGGCGCGCAGUCACCGUAUUUGAUUAAUGCUGCCAAUGCGUUGGUUUUUGGUCUCAUGGGGUUUCUGUGUCUCUUCGGCGGUCCGAUUGCGAAUCGAAUUGGUUUAAAUUGGACGCUGCUUCUGGGUGCAGUUGGGUAUCCGAUUUACUCGGCUGCGUUAUACACGAAUAACCGCUAUGGCAAUGUUUGGUUUGUGCUUCUCGGAUCGGUAGCAUGUGGUUUGUCGGCGGGCCUUUUCUGGGCUUCUGAAGGUGCUGUGGCACUGGGCUAUCCUGAGCCAACGAAACGAGGCAGAUAUAUGAAUAUCUGGCUUUGGUUCCGUACCGGAGGUCCCUUACUGGGUGGUGCAAUUGUUCUCGGGCUCAACCACUCUGCCGAAGCGAAGAAGAAGGGAAAGGUUGAUCCACAGACAUACCUCAUCUUCGUCGCAUUGCAGUGCCUCGCUGUUCCUCUGGCGAUUUUCCUCUCCCCUCCCGAGAAGGUUCAACGCAGCGAUGGCAGCAAAGUGCGGAUAGUUCUGCAGGAUUCAUGGCGUGCUGAGAUGCUGCAGCUCUGGAAGCUCUCUCGUCGGAAAGAAGUUCUUCUAUUGUUGCCAGUUUUCUGGGCAGCCUACUUUAACCAGUACAGCGGAAACUUUACGACUUAUUACUUUGGCGUCAGGGCCCGGGCUUUGAUUGGGUUUGUCAGUAACUUUGCGAGACUACUAUCCUCUGGAAUGAUAAGUCGUUUCCUAGACUAUAGAGGGACCUCAAUCAAAAGACGAGUCACCUAUAGCUUCUUCUACGUCAUCCUCCUGCACAUAGCCACCUGGGUCUACGCCUGGGUGAUUCAAGAGAAGUACACCGCGAACCCACCAUCCUACGACUGGUCCGACAAGGGCUUCACGGAGGGACUCUUUGUUAUCCUUCUUUGGGAAUUUUCUCAGCAAGCACUACAAAACUGGCUCUACUACCUUGUCUCCACAAUGACUGACAAUAUAUCAGAACUGGCUCGGUUCUCCGGUAUUCUUCGUGGACAGGAAAGUUUCGCUCAGGCUGUCUCGUUCGGCAUCAACACCAGGAAUUGGCAUGGCGGGAGAGUUCCCCUUGCUGUGAAUACGAUCUUGCUCGGUCUCGCUGUCCUGCCAACCUGGUUUGUUGUCAAGGAUUAUGCUCCUGUUGAGCAUGAUAAACACGCUGAGGAGAUCCAGGAUGAAGAGCAAGGAGCCGUACAGCAUUCUAUUGGUACAGUUUGCGGCGAUAAAGAUGUAGUAAGGGAAACAGUUGAGGCGAAGUAAUGCUUGUGCCUUUUGAUGAUAUCCGUGAAGUAUAGAUUAGGCCGUAUAUUGGACAUACUGCAUAAUUUGAGGCAUCAAAUGAGCAAAUGAACGUAUGUGACUGCUAACCAUAAGUUUAGAAA